AUGGUGGGGCUUGGUGGGUACCCACAAUCAAAGAAGAUGAUGUAUGAUUUCACAUGUAUGGAACCCCUUCUUCAUGCUCAUAAAAGUCCACUGUUGCAUUCUGAAUCAAGAAAUCUCACCAUCAAGAUAUCAAACUCAGCCCAGAAACCCAGGAAAGAGAUAUUAACCACCAUUGUUGUUCCUAGUUCUGCAACAUCAAUUUCAUCUUCUCCAUAUAACUCUCCAUCUCUAAUCUCGCCGCCGUCUUCGGCCUUCGUCUCCGCCCUACAGUCACCAUAUAUAUCUCCCAGAGCCACCGGAGAUGACCCAAAUCUUCUUCAAGAAAACGAAACAGUUACCAAUCCCUCCACCACCACCACCGCCACCACCACACCCACUUCGUUUACUCGCCCAUCCACUCCAGUAUCCUAUUGCGGGUCUCACAACGACGAUAUUCCGAGCACUUCAUACACUCCACCAUCGGAAAGAUGUGAUUUUUCCGACGAAACCAAGCUCAAAAUUGUCAACUGUGUUCCUUUACCGGCUUCCGAUAAUAACCCAACAGCACCACGUAUAUCAUUUUCGUUUCCGGUACCUCGGAUUUCUUUCACAAAAGGAUCGGUAUCACCUGCGAAUGCCAAGCUUAGGAGCUGCGAUGUUUACGUAGGAUAUCACGGCCAGAACCCGAACUUGAUAAGGUUCUGCAAGUGGCUGAAAUCCGAGCUCGAGAUUCAGGGAAUCGCUUGCUUUGUUGCAGAUAGAUCGAGAUAUGCGGAUUCGCAGAGCCACGAGAUUGCCGAUAGGGUCAUUUGCUCGGUUACAUUCGGGGUUGUGGUUGUCACCAUGGACAGCCUGUUGAAUUAUCUCAGUUUGGAAGAGAUUAGAUUCUUCGCUCAAAAAAAGAAUCUGAUCCCGUUGUUCUUCGACAUGAAUACGAACGAAGUUGCAGAUCUUCUUGCUCGAAAUCCCGACACUAAAGAAUGCAAAGAGGCAAUUGACGGGUUGAUGAAAUCCCACGAAUUUAAGCUCGAAGCAAACAACGGUAAUUGGAGAUGCUGCAUAUCGAGAACAGCCGGGAUCUUGAAGGGAAAGCUCGGGAGAAUGAGUGUUGCCGAGAACGAAAUCGAAACCGUCGAUGAAAUGCCCUUUCCGAAAAACAAAUUCUUCGUUGGACGAGAAAAAGAGCUGGCUGAGAUUGAAACCAUGUUUUUCGGAUGUCGGGAUAUCUGCGAAAACGAAAGCGGAAUGCACGUGAUCAAAGGAGGAACACCCGGGACAUCAGAAAGGCUCGCUUACAAGAAAACAAAGAGCGGGAAAUAUAAGAGCUUUGGAAGUAGCAUUGUGUGCAUCAAUGGCGAUCCCGGAAUGGGGAAGACGGAGCUGGCAUUGGAGUUUGCUCACCGGUAUUCACAGAGAUACAAGAUGGUUUUGUGGGUCGGUGGCGAAGCUCGUUAUUUCCGGCAAAAUAUACUGAAUCUAUCUCUAAAUCUAGGGUUAGAUGUAAGUGCAGAUGCAGAGAAAGAACGAGGGAGGAUACGGAGCUUUGAUGAGCAAGAAACCGAAGCCUUCAAGAGGGUUAAACGCCAGUUAUUUCGCGAUAUGCCGUAUCUAUUGAUCAUUGAUAAUCUUGAAACGGAAAAAGAUUGGUGGGAAGGGAAAGAUUUACAUGACUUGAUUCCGAGAAACACCGGCGGUUCGCAUAUCAUCAUCACAACUCGGCUCCCGAAAGUGAUGACGUUCGAUCCGAUGCAAAUUCAACCGUUGCCAUUAAAAGACGCUAUCUCAUUGAUGAAAGGACGAAGAAAGAAAGAAUACCCGUCUCAAGAAGUCGAGAUUCUAACGAAAUUUGAUGAGAAAUUGGGUCGGUCGAGUUUUGGAUUAUGGGUGAUCGGCUCAUUGCUUUCUGAACUCACGAUCUUGCCCUCCACCCUCUUCGAAGCCAUAAAUCACAUCCGCAUCGAAGAAGAUUUGUCUCGUUUUGAUGAACUAUUUUGGGGAAACAACAAGUUUCUGCUCAAAAUCUUGAUAUUCUCCGUUACUAUUUUGCACGAAGCCAACGGGACUCGAAACGUUCUCGCCUCGAAGAUGCUUCUAGUCGGGGCCUGGUUUGCUCCAUUGCCGGUUUCAGCUAAUUUACUAGCGGCAGCCGCUAACAACAUAAACGGUUCCACCAACAGAUUCAAGAAAUGGGCCAAAUGUGCAAAUAUGGCUUUCUUUUGUUGUUCUGGUUUUCUAGACAGCCAAACUUCAAAGAGUGAAGAAGAUUCAGCCAUGGUUUUAGUCAAGCUCGGCCUUGCGAGAAGAGCAAACCGACAUCCGGGAUGCCACAUUCUGUUUCACCCGAUCACCCAAACUUUCGCGAAACUAAAAGGGGGUUUGGUCACAGCAAAAGCAACGAUCCAAGGCAUAAGGAAAACGGGAAACCCGAUCUUGAACUCGGACCAGCUCUGGGCUUCUGCUUUUCUGGUAUUCGGUUUCAAAUCUGAGCCACCGCUCGUCCAACUAAAGGCCAACGAUAUGGUUCUUUUCAUCAAGAAAACUGCUCUCCCGUUAGCAAUCAGGGCGUUUACAACGUUCUCAAGAUGCAACUCGGCAUUGGAGCUACUAAAAGUCUGCACAAAUGUUCUUGAAGAAGUGGAGAAAUCGUUUGUUUCACAGAUUCAAGAUUGGUGUCAUGGAUCUCUUUGUUGGAAGAAGAAGCUGAACUCACACCAGAGAAUCGAUGAGAAUGUUUGGCAAGAUGUGACGCUUUUGAAGGCUACAUUGCUGGAAACAAGAGCUAAACUUCUGUUAAGAGGUGGGCAUUUUGACAAUGGUGAAGAGUUGUGCAGGACUUGUAUUAGUAUCAGGACCGUGAUGCUUGGUCAUAAUCAUGCUCAAACUUUGGCUGCUCAAGAAACAUUGGCAAAAUUAGUUAGAAUGAGGAGUAAGAUAUGAAAUCCAGAUUAGAUUCAAUACAUCAUUCAGUAGAUCAGUUUUCCCACAACAUAAUCUACCAUGUUGUUUGAUUUACCACUUUUUCCAUUAAA